GACGACGACGACGACGACGACGGCGACGACGACGACGGCGGCGAAGAAUACAACCCGGAGAACGAAGCUUUGUCUUUGGAGGAGGAGGAGGAGGAGGAGGAAGGAGAAGAAGAAGAAGAAGGAGAAGAAGAAGGAGGAGAAGAAGAAGAAGAAGAAGACCGCGCCAUGGGCGAAAGACCCGAGACCUGCACCUUUCCGUCCAAAAACGGCGAACUGACGUGGUCCUCGACGGCGCACGGCAGACGGGGCGCGACCGACGAGCAGAGUCGGCCGGGUCCGCCGACCCCCGGGCCCACGGAGGAAGCGGCGUCCCGCGCCACCGACAUCGCCUCGACGUUCCGGCUGUUUGUGACGCCCGCGAUAGAAGACAUUGUCCUGGAGAUGACCAACCUCGAAGGUCGCAGAAGAUACGGGGACGACUGGAAAGGCAUGGACCGGGUCGACCUGCGCGCCUACGUGGGCCUCCUGAUCCUGGCGGGCGUGUACAGGUCCAGAGGGGAGGCCGCCGCCAGUCUGUGGGACGCGGAGAGCGGAAGGGCCAUUUUCCGCGCCACGAUGCCGCUGAAGGACUUUCACGCGUACUCGACACUGUUGCGAUUCGACGACCGCGAGACGAGGCGCGAGCGACGAGCGAGCGACAAACUGGCGGCCGUGCGAGACGUGUGGGACGCGUGGGUGCUCCGACUGCCGCUCCUCUACAACCCGGGGCCCGAGGUGACCGUGGACGAGCAGCUGGUUCCGUUCAGAGGGCGGUGUCCCUUCAGGCAGUACAUGCCCAGCAAGCCGGCGAAAUACGGAAUCAAGACGUGGGUGGCGUGCGACGCCAGAUCCAGCUACGCGUGGAAGAUGCAAGUGUACACCGGCAAGCCGACGACGGGCGGCGGCGGCCCCGAGAGGAACCUGGGGAUGAGGGUCGUGCUCGACGUCACGGAGGGCCUGGCGGGUCGCAACGUGACGUGCGACAAUUACUUCACGUCCUACGAGCUGGCGCGCCGGCUCCUGGCCAGGGGGAUCACCGUGGUCGGCACGGUUCGAAAGAACAAGCCCGAGCUUCCGCCCGCUCUGCUGGCGACGAGGGACAGGGCGGUGUUCUCUUCGAUGUUUGCGUUCACGCCCACCACGGCCCUGGUGUCCUACGUGCCCAAGAAAAACCGCAACGUGGUGCUCAUGAGCACGCGGCACGCCGAGGCCGAGGUCGGCGACCGCCCGGACGGGAAGCCCGCGAUCAUCCUGGACUACAACCGCAACAAGGGAGGCGUGGACAACCUGGACAAGGUGAUCGGCACGUACAGCUGCAGGAGGAUGACGGCCCGCUGGCCCCUGGUCGUGUUCCACAACGUCGUCGACGUGUCCGCCUACAACGCCUUCGUGAUAUGGCGAGAGGUCCGUCCCGACUGGAUGUCCGGCAAGCGGAGCAAGCGCAGGUUCUUCCUCGAGCGGCUCGGAAAAGAGCUCGUGACGCCGCUCGUCGAGAGGAGGGCGUGUCUCCCCCGCACGGAAGCGUCCGCGGCGUUCGUGCGGGCCGCCCGGAGGGCGCGCGGUCGAGCCGAGGCGGCGCCGGAGGCGGAACGGGAGCCGGAAACGCGGGCGGCGGCCGUCGCCUCGGCUCUGUCCAGGGUGGCGAGCAAGAGGAAGAGGUGUCAGAUUUGCCCGUCGAAGAAGGACAGCAAGACGCACACCGUCUGCUGCGCGUGCAGGAGGUACAUCUGCCGGGGCUGCUCGCGCGCGUUCUGCCCCGCCUGCGCCGACCGGCGUGUCUCGAGCGACGGAGGCGGGGGGCGCGGAGACGACGACGGCGGCGACGACGGAGGCGCGGCGCGCACCUGCGACUAUUGGAGGACGCGAGGACGACAAGGCGUGGAGGGGGGUGACGGCUGAACGCGCGCGUGCGUGCGUGCUACUACUAACGGAGGGCGGGGGUGAAGGCUGAAUGCUUGACGUAAUAAAAACACAAUGGAUGUACA